AUGUCAGCCAACGAGAAGGAAGGGCACACAGGUGCCACCAAUAGAAUGGUGGAGCCCGAUUACCGCAAAAGGAAACUUGUCAAGAAAAUAGGGGGUCAGUCGAAGACAAAGUACUAUGUGUGGUUGGGCGGCCACGCUACAAGCUUGGUGUUUGGAACGGUGACGUUGAUUUUCCAAAUUUUCUGGCUUCCUAACGUUUACUAUAUCAAUUCUAUUUCAUACAGGUUGUGCCUUUUGGGUGCUACCACGGCGUUCCUAGCAACCAUGUCCCAUAAGUUUGGUUUGCACUACUUGCCUCCCUUUACCACGCUUUUGGUGCAACACAACUUCCAGUACUUGAUUUUGGCGAUCAUUUGGUGCUUCACAUUCAAGUCAAUUCUCAAGAUAUUGCCGCUUUACUUGAUUUCGUUGUUGCAAUUGUCUGAACACAAGAAAGUCUCAUUUAUCCAAAAACAUUCCGACUCCAUCGGAAGCUUCAUUGGUUUCACUGAGCUCUUGUUGAUGGCUUACUUGCUUCUCCGUACAAUUGCCUUCAGGUCCACAUCAGGCUACCAGUUUGCGAUUAUGUCGAUCUUCCUUUGGUUGAGAAUCUUAUUUGACCCCGAUACCGCCCGCAUGUUUGCAUACGUUGUCGAUAAGGCGGACUCCAAGAUUUCUACCGUGAAGAACGAGAAGGUCACCAAGGCUUGGGGCAAGGCAAAGAAAUUCCUUCACGAGAAGCAGUCAGACAACAAUUUAUGA